CCUAUAAGUAUCAAUCUUCAUUAGCCUUUGGAUCAGCACUGCAUUCUACCGAACAAAAACAUGGCAUCAUUUCACUGCUCAUUCACCAAACUAGCAUUUCUUCUUUUCUUCAUCCCAACCUUUUCUUUCCUUGCUCAGGCUUCUGUUCCUGACAAUGAAACUUUCCAAUAUGUCAAUGAAGGUGAAUUUGGGGAGUACAUUGUUGAAUAUGGUGCUGAUUAUCGUGUUCUUGAUGUGUUUAACUCCCCUUUUCAACUUUGCUUCUAUAACACCACUCCCAAUGCAUACACUCUUGCCUUGCGUAUGGGCACGGUCCGAUCAGAGUCGCUCAUGCGCUGGGUUUGGGAGGCGAAUCGGGGUAACCCCGUCCGAGAGAAUGCCACCCUCACAUUCGGGAAGGACGGCAACCUGGUGUUGGCGGAUUCCGAUGGCCGCGUUGCAUGGCAGACCGGAACAGCCAACCAAGGGGUGGUAGGUUUCAAGCUGUUGCCUGACGGAAACAUGGUCCUCCAUGAUUCCAAGGGUAAUUUUAUCUGGCAAAGUUUUGAUUCGCCGACCGACACCCUCUUAGUGGGCCAGGCCCUAAAGCUAGGAGGCCCGACUAAGCUCGUAAGCCGGGCUUCUGUAGAGGAGAAUAUUAAUGGGCCAUAUAGCUUGGUGUUGGACCCUAAAAAGUUUGCUUUGUACUACCAAAGUAAGAAUUCUCCACGACCCAUGCUCUAUUAUGAUCUAAACACUUUGCUUUCUGUCAAGGGAAAUUUAGAGUCCGUGAAGUUCACAAGCAAUCCGGAGACAGAGGAAGCUUUUGCUUAUGAGAUAACAUUCGAGUAUCAGAUAGUGAAUUCUUCAAGUGGUGGAAACCGGAUCUUGUCAAGGCCCAAAUACAACAGCACUUUGACAUACCUUAGAUUGGGAAUUGAUGGGAGUUUGAAGGCCUACACGUUCUAUCCCAAAGUGGAUUAUGGAGCAUGGGAGGAGACCUACACUUUGUUCACUAGAGACGAUGGUGGAGAAUGCCAACUGCCAUCAAGAUGUGGUAAUUUUGGGCUUUGUGAGGAUAGCCAAUGUGUUGCCUGUCCAUUGCCUAGUGGGCUGUUGGGUUGGAGUAAGGAUUGUGAUUCCCCCAAGCUAACGUCUUGCAGUGCUAAAGAUUUCCAGUACUAUAAGUUGGAAGGAGUCAACCAUUUCCUAAGCACAUAUACAAGAGGAGAUGGACCAAUCAAGGAGGAUGAUUGUGCAAAGAAAUGCACCAGUGAUUGCAAGUGCUUGGGGUAUUUCUAUCACCUAGAUACAUCAAGGUGCUGGAUUGCUUAUGAGUUGAAGACCCUGACUAGAGUUGCAAAUUCAACACAUGUGGGGUACAUUAAAGCCCCUGUUGACCUGAAACAAAUGCAAGUUUCUUACAGUAUCGGAGCAUGAAUCAUGUUCAUGCCUUGUAAGGUAGUAAUAAAUGGAGGUCUUCCUACCCAUGAUAACAACCAAAGAUAAGGAUAGAAGUCUUCCUUUCUCAAGUUAUUCUGAAGCCUCUCAAUUCUUUGAUAAAGGCUUCACGAGUAAAAAUGUCUGUACGGUUUGAUCCUUCAAUGCUGUAGUUCAGAAACUAGAGUCUUGGUUAAGAGUUUCAGCGUUGUGUUUUCUUUGCUAAA